GCUUUCGCUUUGCCGCCGCGGCUGGGCGGGAGGGAGAGGCGGGCUCGGCGGCCGGCGGGCUUGCGUCCUGGCUCCGGCAGCGUCGAGGGGCGCUCCUCGGCCAGCCCUCCCGGCUCAGGGAUUCCCUUCCGAGGCGCCCGCGCCCCCGGGCUCCCCGCCUCGGCCACCCCGCGGCCCCGAUGCCGAGGCAUGGAUAGAGCGGCGCUGCGCGCGGCGGCGAUGGGAGAGAAGAAGGAGGGCGGCGGCGGGGGGGACGCGGCGGCCCCAGAUGGGGGCGCCGGGGCCGCGGCCAGCCGGGCGCUGCAGCAGUGCGGGCAGCUCCAGAAGCUCAUCGACAUCUCCAUCGGUAGCCUGCGCGGGCUGCGCACGAAGUGCGCCGUUUCCAACGACCUCACCCAGCAGGAGAUACGGACCCUGGAGGCAAAGCUGGUCCGGUACAUCUGCAAGCAGCGGCAGUGCAAGCUGAGCGUGGCUCCCAGCGAGAGGACCCCGGAGCUCAACAGCUACCCUCGCUUCAGCGACUGGCUGUACACCUUUAACGUGAGGCCGGAGGUGGUACAGGAGAUCCUCUGCGAGCUCACGCUGGAUGCCCUGCUGGACAUGAACGAGGCUAAGGUGAAGGAGACGCUGCGGCGCUGCGGGGCCAGUGCCGAGGAGUGUGGCCGCCUGCAGUACGCCCUCACCUGCCUGCGGAAGGUGACAGGCCUGGGCAGAGACCACAAAGAGGACUCGGGCUGGAGUCCGUCGGAUGCCCGACGGGAAAGUGGCUCUGGGCCUCCUGCGGACAGCCUCUCGCCAGCCAGCCUGCCCUGGCCCCCAGGAAGCUCCCAGCUAGGCAGAGUGGGCGGCGGUGCCCAGGGCCCACGCUCCGUCUCCGUGUCCGCUCUGCCCACCUCGGACUCCCCAAGCCCCGGCCCCGGCGAGGGCCUCGCGGACCCCUGUAUCUCCCUGCACACCAGCGGCCGGCUGACGCCCCGCGCGCUGCCCAGCUUCAUCACCCCGCCGACCACGCCCCAGCUCCGCCGGCACACCAAGGUGAAGCCGCCCAGAACGCCACCCCCGCCCAGCCGCAAGGUCUUCCAGCUGCUGCCCAGCUUCCCCACGCUCACCCGGAGCAAGUCCCACGAGUCUCAGCUGGGGAACCGCAUCGACGAGGUCUCCCCGAUGAGGUUCGAUCUCCUGCACGGAUCCCCACAGAUGGUACGAAGGGACAUCGGGCUCUCGGUGACACACAGGUUCUCCACCAAGUCCUGGCUGUCGCAGGUCUGCCACGUGUGCCAGAAGAGCAUGAUGUUCGGAGUGAAGUGCAAGCAUUGCAGGUUGAAGUGUCACAACAAGUGUACAAAAGAAGCCCCCGCCUGUAGAAUAUCCUUCCUUCCGCUACCCAGGCUUCGGAGGACAGAAUCUGUCCCCUCGGACAUCAACAAUCCGGUGGACAGAGCAGCUGAACCCCAUUUCGGAACCCUCCCCAAAGCACUGACCAAAAAGGAGCAUCCUCUGGCCAUGAACCACCUGGACUCCAGCAGCAACCCAUCCUCCACCACAUCUUCCACGCCCUCCUCGCCAGCGCCCUUCCCGACGUCGUCGUCCAACCCACCCAGUGCCACCACGCCCCCCAACCCCUCGCCCGGCCAGAGGGACGGCAGGUUCAACUUCCCAGACAUUUCGGCAUUUCCUCAGGCAGUCCCAUUCGCCGAGGCGGACAGUUCCCGGCUUGAGAACCCGCCCAAAGCAGAUGUGUCGGAGGAUCGCGAAGUGGAGGCUGAGGAGCCCGAGGCCGGCAGGUCGGAGGCCGAAGACGACGAGGACGAGUUGGAUGACCUGCCGAGCUCCCGCCGGCCCUGGCGAGGCCCCAUCUCUCGCAAGGCCAGCCAGACCAGCGUGUACCUGCAGGAGUGGGACAUCCCCUUCGAGCAGGUGGAGCUGGGCGAGCCCAUCGGGCAGGGCCGCUGGGGCCGGGUGCACCGCGGCCGCUGGCAUGGCGAGGUGGCCAUCCGCCUGCUGGAGAUGGACGGCCACAACCAGGACCACCUGAAGCUGUUCAAAAAGGAGGUGAUGAACUACCGGCAGACGCGGCACGAGAACGUGGUGCUCUUCAUGGGGGCCUGCAUGAACCCGCCGCACCUGGCCAUCAUCACCAGCUUCUGCAAGGGACGGACGUUGCACUCGUUUGUGAGGGACCCCAAGACAUCUGUGGACAUCAACAAGACCAGGCAGAUCGCCCAGGAGAUCAUUAAGGGAAUGGGCUAUCUCCACGCCAAGGGCAUCGUGCACAAAGAUCUCAAGUCCAAGAACGUCUUCUACGACAACGGCAAAGUGGUCAUCACAGACUUCGGGCUGUUCGGGAUCUCAGGCGUGGUCCGAGAGGGACGGCGUGAGAACCAGCUGAAGCUGUCACAUGACUGGCUGUGCUACCUGGCCCCCGAGAUCGUGAGGGAGAUGACCCCCGGGAAGGACGAGGACCAGCUGCCCUUCUCCAAAGCGGCUGACGUCUAUGCAUUCGGGACCGUUUGGUAUGAGCUGCAAGCCAGAGACUGGCCCUUGAAGAACCAAGCCGUGGAGGCCCUGAUCUGGCAGGUUGGAAGCGGAGAGGGAAUGAAGAGAGUCCUGGCCUCCGUCAGCCUGGGGAAGGAAGUCACCGAGAUCCUGUCCGCCUGCUGGGCCUUCGACCUGCAGGAGAGGCCCAGCUUCCCGCUGCUGAUGGACAUGCUGGAGAAGCUGCCCAAGCUGAACCGGAGGCUCUCGCACCCCGGGCACUUCUGGAAGUCUGCCGAGCGCUGGCGGAGCCGCUACUACGGGAAAGGACGUUACGGUCACCCUGACUUUAAGAACAACUGUCCAGUCCUGGAGGAAUAUAUUAACAGCAGCAAAGUUGUACCCCGGUUUGAAAGGUUUGGCUUGGGCGUCCUGGAGUCCAGUAAUCCAAAGAUGUAGCCAGCUCUGCCGUUUUUCUGACAUUGUAUUUCUUUCUUAAAUGGGUUUCUAAAACAUCCCAACAACCGCCACAACAAAAGAACAACACUCUUCAAAACGCCAGCCAUCCUCCUAAGGGCUGCGGGUCAGGAGCACGAGGCCUCGGUUUAGACUGUGCGUCCGUAAAGACACUGGGGUCCCGGAGAUGGAGCCGCGCCUGCUGUUUCUUAAAAUGACAUCACCAACAAGCAGACCUGUCCCGACAGACGGCAAAUGUUUACAUGUAUGCUUCUGCAGAGUUGGACUCGUUGUACAAUAGGUGAUAAUAAAAACCGUCUGUGCAGAGGUCACUGGCACUGAGGGCAGAAGUGGCCGUCCCCUCUGGAGGACCCUGUAGGAGUAAGGCACCCACGCUGGUGCAGAGGAAGAAAAGCAUCCUGUUCGUGGCUGUUCCCCAAGCAGGAUGGUGGGGGCACCACAAGGUUUGACCCGGCCUCUGCGUUGGCCCUAAAUCCCGUCUCCCCUCGUCCUGCCGAAGGGCUGCUGUCCCUUCCUCCUCUUGCAGAGGACACCCUGACCAGGAGCCGAGCUGGUUAUGAGGGUCGGGAGUUCACAGAGAGCUUGGCUUCACCUUUGACCCUUGUAAUCCAGUCCAUACCUGCGGGAAAAAGCAGAGACAUAAAAUCCAGAUAACAUCUGGACUGAUCCAGUGGUUCCCAGCCAGGGUUUCCAGUGCCUGGGAAGAUGUUUCUUCCGUGAAGCCCGCAGGGGAGGCGCCAAGAAGAUGGACUGAGGGCUUUGGCUGUUUAGCUACAUCCCAGUCCCUGGCUGACAUUUGACCCAGAGCUAAGGCCUAGCCCAGCAGCUGCGUACACCGUGAAGGCUUGAUCCGUGAGAACAGGGCAAGUAGGGGGAGGGAGAAGUGGCAAGCAGAGGGUCCCUGAGCCCACCCUCCUAGCCACAGGGUGCCCUGGCCCCUCACCAGUCUUGCCAAGGUUCCUGAACGGCCCACCUCUUCCAGCCCUCAGUCCUGUUGAAACCCCUUAGCCCACUGCGGACUCCUCCACUGCCCGUGUUCAGAGCUCUUAGCCACGGUGGGAGCCGCGUGCCCCUCCCCGCUUGCACUUGGACCCAGCUAGCAAGCUCCCGACCUUCAGAGUCUUCCCAAGCACCACGUCAGGCCUCGUACUUGUGUCCCUUUGGACGAGAGGAGGGGCCGGGUUGGGAAAGUCCAGGAUAUGACAGUUUCCUGCCUGUCCUCGUUAGAAGCUGACACCUAAAGAGAAAAGUUCCAAAUGGCAAAGAAGCCCUUCAGUGAAGGUUACGUCAUCGUGUCAAGCUCCAAAGGCAGAAAUGAUCAAGGGCGACGAAAGUGGAGAGGAGGUUGUCUUCAGGCCCAGAACCCGCGUCCACGCCUAGAGCCGCCGAGACGGGGAGGCACGUGGCCCUCCUACCCCGUUUACGCAGACCCGUCGAGCCAGGCUCCCACCCCGGAGUCUGGCGAAACAUCAUACAAGAUGGGCCGCUUUGCCUGGAGGCUGCGCGGCUGCCUUCUUGGCUCUGGGCCAGGCAGCCGUACAGGGUACCCGGGCCUCCACGGCCAUCAGCACCUCAACCCUUCCCGCUCGGGGUGUGGGAAGGAAGACGAAGGGGCUGUAAACCGACUGGACUCAGCUCUGUGGGUCUUUUCUCCUCUGUGGGACUCUUCGCGUCUCCCCAUCAUUCCUCUGGCCUCUGGGUCAGCCGCUCCUAUGAUCUCCCCACCCAAAGCCACGUGGGAUGUGACUCCGCCUCUGGUUGUCAGGCCCCUCCCCCCACCCCGACAUUGCCGCCUUCCCGGAGGUCACAGUUCACGCCUCUCACCUUUCCCCUCUGAACCCUUGGACGGUGCAGGUGGGCCGAGGGGGUGGGACAGCAGCAAAGCAAGUCAGGCUCCCCUCACGGCCCACAGAAAGUCAGCCUGGGUUUUGUUUUUCUUCUUCGGGGCUUCACACUCUUGGGUCAGUUUAGAAAGCUUUUGUGGAGCACCCACUGUGUGCAGGUGCAGGGGGCCAGGGAUGGGAGCAGUCACAGUGCCUGCCCUCAGGGGACUCAAGAUCUGCCAGGAACCCUGAGGGUGGGACUGGGGCCACCCCCUUCCUCUCCAGGGCCCCGGGAUGCCUUCCCACGCUCGGCCUGAGCCUCUGCACUGCCUGUCAGUUAAGAGAAGCACCUGAGGAACCCCCCCGGGUGGCCCCCCUCUCCCUGUCUCUACUUAAUUGACUGUGAAUUGAGGUUAGGAAGACAUGCCGCCCUUCCGUGUGCUGCCCCCCAUGCCCGUCUGCCUUGGAAACACAUGAAGGACAGCAGAUACUGUGAAUUCAGCCCUCACAGCCAACUGUGAAAGGGAUGGAGAAAGCCGGGAGGCCUCCUGGGCGAGAGCUCGGGGGCUGUGGAGGUCCCCACGGGGACUGAGAGUGGAGCCCAAGCUUCAACCCUUCAGCUCCCCCACCCGCCACUUCCCAACCUCACCUCCAAAACCCUGGGAUCUGUCCCUGCUGCCUUUAAACACGAGAGCCACAACCCCUGCGUCUCCAUGCAACUCGAGGUCCUGAACCCCGAGUUCCCCACCAGUUGUGAGUGGCGUGUAGCUGACCGCUCCAUGCCACCAAAUUGAAGAUGUGUGCAGGGCCUGGAAUCCCUCUGCCCUCUCAUGGCAUUGCUUUCUGUGAUCGCCGAGGGGCGUGGCAUGGCCUGUAAGCCCCUGGUGGUGGUGGCCUUCGUUGAUCUGGGUGCCAGGUGGAGACAUAAAUGUGAAGCUGGUUUGAGAGCUUGUGCGACGCUGCCUGGUCGGCCAGGAUUUCAUCCGUGUGUGCAAACCCAGCAUCUUCUGUGGCCACGAGGCACAUACUUGCUUUUUUGAAUGUGAUGUAAAAUUUGUACAGUAAAAGUUUUUAUAUUUUCUAUCAACUGCAUUUGUCUUCCAGAAAUGCUAUUAAUUUAAAUUAAAACGGUUAGUAUUAACAGACGUGCGCUAUCCGUUUUUUUGCCACUGGCAAGAACGCUGUGCCAGGCCCAGCCUGGGUGUCUGGAGUCUACAAAUAAAACUGCACCAAGGUGGGGCUUCCCUGGUGGCGCAGUGGUUAAGAAUCCGCCUGCCCAUCUAGGAGAUACGGGUUCGAGCCCUGGUCCAGGAAGAUCCCACAUGCUGCGGAGCAACUAAGCCCGUGCGCCACAACUACUGAGCCUGCACGCCUAGAGCCCACGAGCCACAACUACUGAAGCCCACGCACCUAGAGCCCGUGCUCCGCAACAAGAGAAGCCACCGUGAUGAAAAGCCCGCGCACCGCAACGAAGAGUAGCCCCUGCUCGCCGCAACCAGAGAAAAGCCCGCGCGCAGCAACAAAGACCCAACACGGCCAAAAAUAAAUAAAUUAAUUAAUUAAAAAAUAAUACUGGUACCAAGGUA